AUGAAAGAGGAAGUCAUGUCCGAAGAAGAACCUUCAACUUCGAAUUUAUUUCUCAAUGAAUUCCAAGAUGUUUCAGCGUAUAAAGAUUCUGCCUGUGCCAACGUCGUGAAAUUGAUUCGCUCUUCGAACGAUUUAUCUCGUGCGAAUGAUCACGAUUUUCUCAUGAGUUUUGCACCACUUCGUCGCCGCAUGGACACAGUCGCCGACAAAAUCUUGCAAAAUAUGAGUAAAAUAUUGAAACAACAGAACUUACGUCGAGAUUUGGGUAUUACAUCUUGGAAGGAAGCUGAUCAUGAUGAAAAACUCGAGAAAUUGAUCGACAUCAAUGAUGUUCUGUUUGAACGAAUUUCUUCAUCGCUUGACGAAGUAGCAGGAUUGAAGAAAACGUCGACCGAAGUGAAAUCGUUAAAACCAUCAGUUCGAAACGUUCAUGCAACAUGGAAUAAAGAAACUGGAUUCGUCUUACAAAACAAUGUGUUUCCAUCAAAUCAACAUCACAAACAACGUUCGAAUACAUUCGCAUCGAAUCAUCAGCAAACAAAGAAUAUUCCCAAACCUCAAUUGAAAUUUUCGGAUAAAGUUGACAACAGUCUCUAUGUGCCAUUCAUCACUAAACUUCGGAUAAAACCGAAUGCGAAAACACCCUUACCAAUGGCUUUAUCACAAUUCGAUCCUCAGACAUUCAAUGUGCUUCGAGUCGACGAACAUCCUGAACUAUUAGUUCAUCCAUAUUUUGAUGAAAUCGAGACAUUCGAACCAGAUGAAAGUGUCCUCAAACAAGUUGAACCUCAGAAACCACAACCAAUAGAAGAGACGAAAUACUUGUUUGUUGACACGCCGGAUACGCUCAAAAUUAUGAUGGAUCACAUCGAGCAACAGACUGAAUUAGCAAUUGAUCUCGAACAUCAUUCGUAUCGCUCAUAUCAAGGUUUCACUUGCUUAUUACAAAUAUCUUCACGUACUGAAGAUUUUCUGGUUGAUACACUUGCCUUACGUGAUGAAUUACACAUUCUAAACAACGUUUUCACCAAUCCGAAUGUGUUGAAAGUUUUCCAUGGUGCUGAUUCGGAUAUUGAAUGGUUACAAAAAGACUUCGGUGUUUACGUUGUCAAUAUGUUCGAUACUCAUCAAGCCGCACGAGAAUUAAACUUUCAAUCGUUCUCACUUGCGUAUCUAUUGAAAUUCUAUUGCGAAAUCGAUGCGAACAAACAAUUUCAGUUAGCUGAUUGGAGAAUAAGACCUUUACCCGAAGAGUACUGUCGCUAUGCUCGAGAAGAUACGCAUUAUCUUCUUUACAUUUAUGAUUUAUUACGAAAUCGUUUGUUGGAAAAAUCGACGCAAUUGCUCAAAUCAGUCUAUGAAAAAUCGAAGAUUGUUUGUCAAAAGCUAUAUAAAAAACCAUUCUUCGAUGAAAAUGCCUAUCAAAAUAUUUAUAUUAAGUCGCGAAAGACAUUCAAUGUUCGGCAAUUAGCAGCAUUGAAAUCUCUUUACUUUUGGCGUGAUAAUAUCGCGCGAGAACAAGAUGAAUCGACUGGAUACGUAUUACCCAACCAUAUGUUACUUCAAAUCUCAGAAAUUCUUCCGAGAGAACCACAAGGUAUACGUGCUUGUUGCAAUCCAGUUCCAAUACUUGUUCAACAUAAUCUACACGACAUCCAUCAGAUCAUUCUGCUUGCUCGAGAUAUACCUUUAAAUGAAGAACAAAGAGAACAGCACAUUGCACCAUUGACUUUACCUGUACUAUACGAUCCAGAAAAUGUUCUGAAUUGUCCACAUGAUACAUCGCAUCAAACUGAGCAACAACAAAAUAUAUCGAAUAUUAAUUCAACAAAGAAAACUCAUUCCAACGACUUAUCGUCGAUUCUUGAUGAUACAUUUCUCGAAGAAUCAACAAAACGCGAUGCACUAAAUCUAUCAUCAUUAUUAAUUCAAAUUAAGAAACAGAUGUUACCAAUGGCAAAAUCUCGAUCGAACACAUCGGCGAAUUUGUUUGAUUAUAUGCCUUCACCAUAUCGAACAGCUUCAUUAGAUAAUACAAAACCAUUAUGGCAAAUCUACUAUCCUGAUCGAGAUUUGUCAAUUAAUGGAAAAUCAGUUCAACAUGAUAAUAACAAUCAAAAUGGCACGAGUAUUAGUAAAGAAAAGUCUAGUGACGACAUCGAAAUGAUCAUGCUUAGUAAACAGUCAACAGCAAAGCGAAAGCGCAAAGCUGCUGGCGAUGAAAAAGUGAACAAUAAGUCGAAAAAUAAGCGAUAUCGACGUGGUAAUGUUGCUGAUGAAGUACCAUCGACGAUUCUCCUCGACAAAGAUGAUGAUGAGGACGAUGAUCAAAUUGAAGAAGAAGAAGAACCAGGCGAAAUAUCUGAUGAGAUCAAUGAACGAAAGCAUCAAACAUCAUUUCAACCGUUCAAUUAUGACAAUGAAAUCCUUUCAACUAAAAAAUUCAAGAAACCUGCGGAUGAUGAAGAUAUCUACGAACCAAAUCGUCCUACAAAGUCUACAAAAGCAAGAACACCAAAGCGGCCCGGUGUUCAACAAACCAACAAGUCUCUGUCCUAUCCAUUUCCAAAGAAGACUUGA